AAUUACAUCAAGCGAUAAUGUAAAAGCAAAUUAUCGAAAAUCGAUUUAAACAAACACACAUCUAAGUUUACGAACAUGCUCUUAGUAUUUGUUUGAUGACACAUUUACAUAGAUAAAGAGUUAUCUUAGCAUUGAAUCAUGAACGCACGCUAAUGUAACUUGAAACCCGUUAAUAUGAACAUUGGGACACAAUGUGCUAAGGCUGUAGGUAUUGAACGGCGAGUGGUUAAUUGUAAACUUCGAAUGGAGUACAGUGCAUAAAAACAAAUCGUUUUGCAUGGUGAAAUAUUGUGGUAUUCGGGUAUUUGAGAUCAAAAUGGCGACACAUUUUCCUUUGAAAACAGGGGCUAUUACAUUGACGGCUAUCAAGAACGGUAACCACACAUUUCCAGUUCUUGUAAGGACAUUACCUUCAGAUUAUGAGGUGCCAAACGAAGAAGACCUCCCCGAUGAUGACGAUGUUCUACUGGACAAACUUGGGAACUUUAAUUUAGCCCGUGUUCGAGUCCUACCGUUCACCGAUGAAGAUGCAAGUCGUAAAAACAAAGGUGAACGAUUGGUUACCACGCGAAAAAAGUUAGAGGGACAAGAGGUUUGGAUUUCUGCGGAGUAUAGGGGAACACUAAAGAUUUUGAAAAGUUCACAACGACCAAGGAGGUUCAUUUCAAUAUCACAGGUACUAGAGAAUUGCCCUAGGUUUGUAAAAGUCGGCGGUGAUAUGGACUCCUGUUUAAAAGGAUUGAGCCCAGGUUCAGGAAAACUUGUACCAGAAAAUUCUAUACUCGAACUACGAGGCGUUAUUCCAAAUGAAAAUACGCCAUAUACAUAUUUGGAAUGUUCGACUGGUGAUUGUGUAUUUUAUUUUCGAGACGACCAGAUUGCUAAUAUGGUGGAAGUUGAUGACCCAACGUCGUACAGCCUUCUGGGACUGAAACAAAAGAGUAUUCCAUUACCGCUACAAAUCAUGUUUGAUCCAAUGCCUUGGAAUGAUAUUAGCUUAAAAGACGACGAGAAAAAAUACGACGCAUACGCUCUUUUUCACGGUCCAUUGGUGUUGCUGCAAUUUGUAUGCACUUCCCAUAUUAUAGCAUGGACAAAGGUGGAAAACGAUGAUCCCUCCAACAGACAUCUCGCCAUUAUUCCAAAAUCAAUUCACGACACCCUAAAAGUCAGCGUCUAUGAACCCAUAAGUGAAAAAGACAAAAACGAAUAUUUGGAUGCAAACUUUACAGAUUAUGAACAAAACAUAUGGAUCAGGGAACAUUCAUUUGUUAUUCCCACAAAACGAGACAAACAAUUCUAUAUGACGUGGCUGAAACGACCGAAUCUGUACCUGUCCAUUCCAGAAUACGAUCUGCCCAUAGAUGACUUGACGGGCCACAGUACAGCGUCACCACCCGAUGCACAGCCCUCCACUUAUGGCGCUGUUGCACAAGGAGUGGGACAAGCGCCAGAAGUGUAUCCCAAACUACCAUUUCCAGUAAAGAAAAAUGACACUAAUUGGAAACACAAAUUGGAAGAAAAAGCGAGACUCGGUUUCAAUAAACUCCAUAAAGAAAUGCUCAUCGUUUGGAAAAAAAGCAAAGAAAAAGCAAGCGAAAUACGGGACAGUGGUGGAAAACAAAUAAACCGUUUAUUACAAAAAUCAAAGAGUCAAGGAAGCAAUGAGACGGAGACAGAAAACGAAUAUUCCGGACAAGCAAAUUUAAAACCUCCAUCAAGUCCGCCUAUCAUACCACCAAAACCAUCACAACGACUAAAACAUUCACAAUCAAUGAAGGACCGACCACUUCCACCACCACCAUCUGAACAUAUGGCACCUUUGCACAAGACAGAAAAUCAAAAUUUCAAGAUAUAUGAAACCAGGAAGACCCAAUAUGGAGUAAUGGAAUCAGCACGUGGUUGGCAACUCAACAAGGACUUCUACAGUUUUACUGCAUUCGAUGUACACGAAUGCAUGAAAUUCUGUUUUCCCGACAAUCCACAAGUUGCGGAUACUUGCUUGAAGGAGAAACUGGACGGAGAGUUUUUCAAGACAUGUGAUUUAGAGAAAUUUGGUAAAGAUGUCGGUCUAACUGGAAUUAAUUCAAUAAAAUUCACACAAAUCGUCAAACAAGGAUGGCGACCCAAAUUUUGAAUAUGGAGGCAACUGUUUGUGAAUUCUUUACCAACAUGUCGGCUUUCGUUUUGCGUAAUGCUUCCAUUUCGUAGGCGAUAAAGUUUCACGUUGUCUAUUUGGUCUCCGAAACGGACACUUCAUAGUGUGCCGUUUAUGCCUAUUUAUUUUACUCGCUAACGAGCUUCAAAUUGUUGAUGUGUCACAAACGUAAUGAAAACUUGGCAUCCAAAUCGAUGCACAAUCAUGUUGCUGCAAAGGUCCGUCAAGCUCGCACAUUUUUAUUUAUUUAUUGAAAUAAGACAUAAGUUAUAUGUUCUCUAUUAAUAAAUGCAUUUUAUAUUAAGGGUCAUAAAUAAAUACAAAUAUCAAAUACAACGCUUUGGUUCUUGUACUACUAACUUUUUCUUAAAAUCUCAUAAUAAGAAAUUUGAUUUUUUUUCUUUUAAUACAGAAAUAAUCUGCACAAUAAAAUAAUACUAUGUAAAUGGGCUCUACACAAGAAAAAAACAAACAAUUAAAAACACGGAAGAGAUAGUUCUAGUUUUAGUUCUUGAAUUGUGCAAAACAAUUAAAAGCGAUAAUAGCUCUUUAUAUAAAUGAAGAAAAGAUAUAUAGUAUUUUUACCAUGCUCUUCCUCUAAUAGCCGUUAAUUUCAAUUGAUAGAUUAUUAUUUGAAUCCAUCGAGUAAUUAAAUAUUUGCGCCAGAAAAUAACGUUGUGUAGUUCUUCACAUUUAAUUGAAGCAAAAGUGAAUUAUUUAAAACUACUUUAAAACAGACAUGGGUCUUGUUCCCCGCACUGGCUUUUAAUGUCCUUUAUCAAAUAUGAUUUUUUAUUCAUACUAGCCUAAAUAUUGUUUAUUUGACAACAUUUACAAUGGGACAUACCUUUGAAAGAACCGACGAGAUAGGUAUGGUGUAUAGACUUUGCGUCUUCUUUUAAAGCAAACUAUCAUUAUGUGAUGGUUCAUUAUAAUACCAUCUAUAACACCAGAUGUGUUCUCCACAGAAUAAACGGUCAAUACAAAAAGGGCAAUAGCUCUAAAACUACUGAUAAUGAGUUGUGGCUUUUGUACUGAACAUAUCCUCUUAAUACUUAAUAUGCUCUAUCAAUAUACACAAUUUUAGCUCAUCUAUGCACAAUUCAUGGUGUGCUUUUAUGAUCGCCUAUUGUCCGUCGAGCGUCGUGCGUCGUUAAACGUUAAGUUCACACUCCAGAAGCCACAUUUAUUGUAAGAUCUUUAUGAAAAUUGGUCAGACUAUUUUUCCCAAUGAUAUCUCGGGCAAUAUAUUUUUCACCUUUAGGAAUAUGAAAGAGGAAUUAAAUCAUAAUUAAUAAAUAUUAAAAGGAUAACAUUUCGGCCUCAAAACAGUUUGAUAUUCUCGGCACGAUGAAGAUGCACGGUCCUUUACCGAGUUGAACGGAUGUUUGGUUAUUUAAAUUUUCCUGUUUCAAAUUCAUUUUUUUCUUUCAGAGAAAAGCAGUAGGAGUUUAUGCGCUCAAACAAUCCUUUCUCAAUGGGCGGACGACCGAUAAACGUUUAGUAAAACAUUUUUCAAUCAAUAUAAGGAAGCUUUAUCAUAGUAAAAUACUAUCAAUUAAACAUUACAGUAUGAAAGUAAAAGAAUCAUAGUCACCUUCGACCUUUUGAUUGAUUUAACAUUGCGAACUUGUGUGUUAAAUUUCUUUACAUUAUCACGAUCCAUGAUGUAGUUAUAGUCCAGAAAAGCUUAUUUAUUGACAUUUAACAUUGACCUUUAAGUUUACAUAGACUUUGACAUUUGAAAUCUAACCCUGACCUUAACAUUGAGGUAAAGAGGCGGGUUUUAAACGAGACACGUUGUCUUAUUACGUUGGUUUUUAUACUACGUUAUUUUAUAAUUUCACAAUGAAGGACACAGUUGAAGGCUAGAAAAGCAUUUUAUGGUAAAAUAUGACAUAUGACUACUUAUUGUGAUCGUAACCUUUUGGAUAAGGGGGCGGCUGUUACAUUGGCACGUUGUCUCAAUGAACGUUUGCUGAAAGUUAAUUUAAAAAUGGACGGCGAAUGACAAAUUUACAGUCUGCAAAUGACGCAGGCACACAUACAUUUACAUACACUCGACCGCUGUAUCGUGGUGGUCCAAAGGCUGGUUUCUCGAAAUAAUGAUUAUGAAAAUCAUAUAAUAGCACUAGAUGAUAAGCUAUCAAUAUGCCUGUCAAUAUUAGGUCGAGCCCAUAGGAAACCAUGCUGGAAAUUAUUUAAGAAGCUGCACUAUUGCUUUGGUCGACAUUUGGCCUUUAAAGUGACCAUGCCCAUUGCGUAUAUGGCAUAGUAUUUACGUGUGACACAAUUGACGUAAAUUAUUUUUAAAAUACCAUUGGUAUUUCUUUAUGUACAUAUAACAAGAACAACAACAUAAUACAUAUGUAUUUCAUGCAACAAUGGGUACAUUUUAUGUUAAUGCAACACUUCCUUAUCACAUAAUGACAUGACAGAAAUGACACUUACUAGCACAUCAUCCAUAUGUGUAGUCACACAAAGAUCUAGGUCACGAAUUACCGUACAUGUAUGCACUGACUCUACCAACAUGUGUCUAUAUGUCCAUAGUCAGAUUUAACACAACAUAGGAAUUAAUAACGUUGUUAGAAUUGUCAUGACAUAUGUUUACAAAGCGCAUUUAAUUAAUCUUGUUUCCAAUCACUUCAAGGUUUUAACAAGUUGCGGCCAAUGUCAAAAGCAUAUGUGUUUAUAUGUAAUUUGAUUCUUCCUCAUCAAAUUGAAAUGUUCCCGUAGAAGCUAUUGUAUAUGUGUGUUAUUCAUAUGCUAUAAAUUAGCUGUUUACGUUUAUCUAAACGAAUAAUAUAUGAACUUGUGUUUUAUAUUAUUUUUAUGCCCCCGGAUCGAUAGAUCGGGGGUAUAUUGUUUUUGGUCUGUCUUCUGUCUGUCAUUCUGUCAUUCUGUCCCAAAACUUUAACCUUACAGUAAAGUUUUGCAAUAACUUUUGAAAUAUUGAACAUAGCAACUUCAUAUUUGGCAUGCCUAUGUAUCUCAUGUAGCUGCACAUUUUGAGUGGUGAAAGGUCAAGGUCAAGGUCAUCCUUCAAGGUCAAAGGUCAACAACAACAAAACCAAAACUUUCACCUUACAGUAAAGUUUUGCAAUGACUUUUGAAAUAUUGAACAUAGCAACUUAAUAUUUGGCAUGCAUGUGUAUCUCAUGAAGCUGCACAUUUUGAGUGGUGAAAGAUCAAGGUCAUCCUUCAAGGUCAAAGGUAAAAAAAAAGCGGAGCAUUAGGGGGCAUUGUGUUUCUGACAAACACAUCUCUUGUUAACAUGUUAAAUGAUAUUGAUGAUAGUGGAUAGGCAUACAAGUGUAUUCUAUAAAAGUGUUCAUAACUGAA